AGCGCCCGCCGGGACGGGGGCGGGAGCAGGAGCAGGGACCGCACUUGGGGCCGUGGCGGGUCCUGCCCACUCCCCGCCGUCCAGGGGCAGGUUUCCCCACAACCCAGGGGCAUAACAGAAUUCUGACAACCUCUCUCUCGCUCUUUCUCUCUCAUCCCCUUUCCCCUCGCUGCCUGCUGUCUGUCUGUCCCUCCGUCUUUCUUUCCUCCUGUCCUUACCUUUUUUAUUCCCUCCUGUCCGCCGCUCAUGGCUUUGUCCCAUCUGAGCUCCAAGGGGGGCGGGCACCUGCGUUGUCCCAGCCCAGACGGGUCUGAUUCAUCCGGGACUACGUUCCCGGGGUGGGCUUCCGAGUCCCGACUGCGACCCAGACGUCCCCACACCGGAGGGAGGAGGGGCCCAUCAGCUUUUCCCUACCGACCGGGAAUCCUCGGCCCCGUCUGCUGGGGCCAGUCCAGACCGGGAGGUGCCGGGCCGUGCGCGGGGUCGUGCAGCGGGCAACUCCCGCACCCCCGACGAUCGGCACCGAACGGCGCCCGCUGGCGGCUGGGGCGACCCGCGAGGCUGCAGAAGUUCCACCUGGUGCCAAGCAUCAAUGCUGUGAGUGGCAGCCAGGAGCUGCAGUGGAUGGUUCAGCCUCACUUCCUGGGACCCAGCAGCUACCCCAGACCUCUGGCCUAUCCUCAGUACAGCUACCCACAGCCCCGGCCAGGAGUCAUCCGGGCCCUGGGGCCACCUCCAGGGGUGCGUCGCCGGCCCUCUGAACAGAUCAGCCCAGAGGAGGAGGAGCGCCGUCGGGUGAGGCGCGAGCGGAACAAGCUGGCCGCGGCAAAGUGCAGGAACCGGAGGAAGGAACUGACCGAUUUCCUGCAGGCGGAGACCGACAAGCUGGAGGACGAGAAAUCAGGACUGCAGCGAGAGAUUGAGGAGCUGCAGAAGCAGAAGGAGCGGCUGGAGCUGGUGCUCGAAGCCCACCGCCCCAUCUGCAAAAUCCCGGAAGGAGCCAAGGAGAGCGCCACUGGUGGCCCAGGCGGUGCCAGCAGCCCAGCAGCCCCCUCCCGCCCUGUGCCUUGUAUCUCCCUCUCCCCAGGGCCUGUGCUUGAACCCGAAGCAUUGCACACCCCCACGCUCAUGACCACACCCUCUCUGACUCCUUUCACACCCAGUCUGGUUUUCACCUACCCCAGUACGCCUGAGCCCUGUGCCUCAGCCCAUCGCAGGAGCAGCAGCAGCAGUGGGGACCCAUCCUCUGAUCCCCUAGGCUCCCCCACCCUCUUGGCCUUGUGAGGCACUCUGGUUAUCCUCCCUGGCCAAUAUCUCCCCAUCCAUUGGUCCAGCCGGCCUGGGCUAGAUACCAUGCUCAACCCCAGCAGGUUCUCCAUCCCUCCAGAUGAGACUGAGCCUAUUUGGCUUCCUGGCAGAGCCAGCUUGGGGCCACCAAAGCUGCUCAGUUUCUCCAGAGCUCGCCUCUCUAGCACCAUUUGCAUUAAAUCAGAGACAAACUAGUUCCCAUUUGUGCAAGAGAACUCCUGGCAGCCCCAAAGGACUUUAUAGACCUCUAGAGGUUUUCUGGAGCCCUAACCCCCUCCAGGCCUUCCCUAAGUCUUCAUUACCCUCUUCCUGUGAUCCACCCAACCAUACCCCCGGACAGAAGGUGAUAUGAUACCAGCCUAGAACACUAACUCACCCAGCCCCACUGCCAGCAGCACCCGGUGAUUGAACCAGGGCAUUCUGCCAUCCCCUCCAGAAAUGGCACAGUUCAAGAGUGCUAGAGACUUCUGUGAUGAGCUGAGCUGCAGCCCCUGGCUCUGAGAAGACUUUAGCUCCAGGGAAUCUAAGCCUCCACUGCAAGGGCAGCUGCUAUUUAUUUUCCUAAAGAGAGUAUUUUUAUACAAACCUGCCAAAAUGGAAUAAAAGGCUUGAAGCUCUG